AUGGAGAAUUUGAAGAAUCUCCCAACAGACAUUUUACUCGACAUUACAGCCCGUUUACCAAUUGAAUCGAUUCUAAACUGCAAAUUGGUUUGCAAACUUGGGAGAUAUCUUGUUUCUGAUAAUCCAUCAUUCUAUCGAUUGCAUUUAUCUCAUCUUAAUCAAUCAUCUGAUUCUGGCAAGUUGAGUUUUCUGGUAUUAGAAGGUAUGAGUAAACAACUUCACUAUUUUGAGUAUGAUGAGAAACUUGAUAAGACACUUAUUAGAAGGAUCAAUUUCACCCCUACAUUUCCAUUUUCUUGUGAAGUUCUUGGUUCGAUUAAUGGUUUAAUCUGUCUGUAUGGAUAUGAUGGUCUAACUGCUUGUAUUUGUAACCCCGUGACCAGAGAAAAUGUCAUGCUUCCCAGUAUUAAGACAGAUUGUGAUAUUGUCAAUGUUGCAGUAUACACUCUUGGCAGUAGCAAUGGGUGGAAAAAUGUUGGGAUGUUGGAAUCUGAAUUUUGCGAUUUAUUUUUUCAUCAUGGUGUAUUUGUGAAUGGAGCACUGCAUUGGAUGGAUAAAAGAGGAGGAAUGGUUUAUGUUUUUGAUUUGGCUGAGGAAAAGUUUCGCGAACCUAUUUCACCACCUACUUUCCCACCAGGUAGAAUGUGGCAGCAUUAUACUCUAGCUCUAGGUGUUCUGGAUGGGGUUCUAUAUUUUUCUAUCAGAUAUGACUGUCAAAUCACCGGAUGCCCAUGUUCUUACAUAUGGCUACUGAAAAAGCAGGUGGGAAAUGAGUCAUUGGGUUGGAGUAAAAAGUUUCUUAAUCUCAGAAGAGAACCAUUAGCCUUUACCAAGAGAGGUGGUGUUUUAUGUUUCGAUGAUAGCUCUCUCGAAAUUUAUGACCCAAUACUUUCAGCCUCGAGAAAACUUGUGGGUUUUAGUGCAUUUACACAAAUAAUCCCUCACAAAAACACCUUCGCUUCGUUGAAAGAAUUAGGAGUUGAAGAUAUAAAUCUAAUGGAGUCAGCUAAUUAA